AUGCCUCUGGGAACACCUGCCCCACUGUUCAAGCGGAAAAAGCUCUCAAAGAUCAUCACUGACCUCUCACACAUCACUCAGCAUGAGUAUGACUCAGAGCCGGAGGCCUCUGAGUUCGACCUGGGGAACAAGAUCAGGAGUCCCAAAGACAUCAUGCUGGAGGAGCUCUCCCUGUUGAAGAACCAAGGCUCCAAGAUGUUCAGGAUGAGGCAGAAGAGGAUGGAGAAGUUCAUCCAUGAGAACAACCCGGACGUCUUCUGCAGUGAGUCGAUGGACAACCUCCAGAAGUUUGCUCCCUCUAUGGGGGGUCAGAUUGGAAGUGACAUGAUCACUGUCGGUGGGCAUUUUGUGAGCAAGCAGACCGGACAUGUGCACUAUGGAGCGAUACAGACUGGAGGAGGACCCCCCGUGCCUCCUCCCAAGCCUGGAAAAAAACAUGCAGGAAGUGGAGGAGCAGGAGGUGCAGGAGGUGCAGGAGGUGCAGGAGGAGCAGGAGGUGGCGACCAAGGGAAAGAUGGAAAAGACGGAAAGGAAGUUGCUGUUGGGUGGUCUCCAUUAAAAGGAGGUGGAUGUGAUGAUGCAACCAAGAUUACUCUGAGGGGCUACAUGUCUCCAUGGGAGAAGGCCAUGAAGGGGGAUGAGGUUCUGGUAGCCACUCUCAAGGCGGGAAUGCCCGGACCCACUGACCGAAAGGAUCUGCCCAAGUACAAAAGCUUCAACAGGUUUGCCAUGCCCUUCGGUGGCUUCGAUAAGGCCAGCCAGUUUAUGAAAUUCCAGAUGCCAGAAGCCGAGGCGACCGAGCCUGAGGCCCCAGUGGUGUACCAACAGGAAAUCGGAUGCCGGCCUUCCUUCAACCGUACUCCUAUUGGCUGGAUGGGCAGCAGCGAGCCCAACAGCAUUCACAUGGAGAACGAUGUGGUGCCCUUCGAUGGAGAGACCGACGAGCUGUGA